GUGUGUGUGUGUGUGUGUGUGUGUGCGUGCGUACUGAAGCGUCAUUCUCCUCCUUUCUUCUUUUCAGUGAACGCGCAUCACUUGUGAGAAGCGAAGCUUGAGACUCAGAAGUUCCUCGGCUCAGCUCGGCUCGGCUCGCUCACCCGCGAAUUUCUUCUCUUCCUCCACCCCGGUUUCAUUUUUAGCCCUCAUCCUCACUUUCCCUUUUUUUUUUUUCUCCCCCUGACUCGAGGUUGAAGAUUCAGCCGGGCUGUGCUGCUCGACACUGGGGCGUAGCUGGAGAGGAUUUCGCUAGCUCGCCGCUACACUGCACUGCACUGACUGACUGACCAGAUCCUGCAGUCUCCACAACGCCUGUAGACCUGUGGCCAUCUUGUGAGAUUGAAGUCAGCCCUGCCGUGCAGAGACGGACCACUACCACUCGAGGGGAGAUGAAGCCGGAUGGGGUUACCACGGCAGCGCUGGGGCCAAUGGAAACGUUGGAAUCCGACCUAGUAAAUGAGGCAGCACCAGGGGGAGGACAGGAGCCCAACCAGGCAGCCAGUCCAGCGGAGGAGGGGAUGCCACAGCAGCCCGUAGGAGAGCCGGGACAGCUGGAGUCCCAGCCGGAGCAGACCAAGGAAACCCCCGCUCCAAAGCCUCGUAACGAGCCUUCGGGAGACUCCAAAGCCAAGACUACCAACAAGGCCACGGCCAAGACAAAAGCUGGCCCCGCCAGUCCAACAAAGACCACAUCACGGCCCAACACGGCCCAGAGCCGCCUCUCAAACGGCACGUCUAAGCCCCAGACCAACGGAGUGGCUAAGAAGACCGCACCUCCGGCUGCUUCGGUCAAAAAGAGCACCCCGACCCCAGCUCUCUCCAAAAAACCUACAACCACGGUCCCAGCCACCAAGAGCAAAGUGGGUGAGAAGAAAGCCACUGGGGCCUCUCCUGCCACCAAUGGUGCCAAGUCGAUGACCGGAACAACGGCAGCCAAGAAGACGGCUAAUGGUGUCAAAACCAGCGCCAGCAGCACUGCAGCUGCUGCUAAAAAGGCCCCAGCUCCUAAGACGGCCUCUGCAACUCCCACUAAGCCAAGCUCUGCUGCCUCGCCCAAGCCUGCUGUUUCCAAGACAACCAGGACCCCGAUUGGCUCGGCACCGUCAUCUCGUCCCGGCACAGGCGCGACCCGGCCGCCCGCCGCCAGCGCAGCCAAGAGCUCCCCAGCCGCAGCCAAGCCUGCCGCCCCUAAAACCCCCUCCACCUCCUCCGUCAAGCCGGCCGCCUCCAGACUAACCUCCACCACCCCAUCUGGUGGCAAGCCUCCAGCGUCACAAACAUCCAGGAACGUAACCCCUGUGAAGAAAGAUGUUACCAAACCAGCCACAUCAGCAUCCAAGAAGCCUGCGGAUUCCCCCCUUACUCGCCCUUCCUCUACAACAAAGGCAGCAAAACCAGAGACCCCCAAAUCAGCCUCAAAAUCAGACGUUGCCGCCAAAAAGCCUGCUGCGAGUAAGGCUGCCGAUACAAAGACGCCCACCCGCCCCAAAACAGACGGUAAGCCAACACCGUCCAAGACCCCUGGCUCCAAAACCGCCGCAUCCAAGGCCCCCACCCCCAAGAAAACUGUGGGCAGCAGCACCCCAACUCCAGUGAAACGUGGCCCCAAAGCUGAAACUGUUGAAGAAGCAGGACCUGAAAUAGCUGCUGCUGUGGCAACCGCCGCGGCCAUCGCUACGGCGGCAGCUACCCUCGCCGGGCCACAGGUACCAGAACCAGCUUUGGAGGAAUCUGCUGCAGAUGCACCAGAACUGAUCUCCAGCCAGAAAGAAGCAGUCCAAGAGAAAACUUCAGACCCCACACCAGAACCAGUACGGGAACCAACACCAGAACCAGUACGGGAACCAACACCAGAACCAGUGAUAGAACCAGUACGGGAACCAACACCAGAACCAGUGAUAGAACCAGUACGGGAACCAACACCAGAACCAGUGAUAGAACCAGUACGGGAACCGACACCAGAGCCGGUGUUAGAACCAGUUUGGGAACCAGCACCAGAGCCGGUACGGGAACCAAGUCCAGAACAAGUGCCAGAAACAUCUCCCGAGCCUCUGCCAGAGCCGUUGUCUCAGUCAUCAGCGGAUCCUGAUCUCAGAGCUGAACCAGAUUAUGAAGACGAGUCCAAUGUUCAGCUGUCCGCUCAGCUGGACCUCUUCAAAUUCCAGGGCUCUGCCAGGGACUCCUCCCUGGGAACUACGGUCAUGUCCCCUCCUUGCUCCCCACCGGGCCCCGUUUCCCCCGUCAGAGACCCGCAGACCGCCUCCUCUCUGCUGGACCUGGAUGCCCAGUCCGAUCCCUGGGACGUGAGCCACGCCCCGGCUCUGUCUGACUUUGCUCCCCAGAGCCUCGUCAGCGCGAUGAUCUUUAACACGGAAGAGGAAAUGGAGAAGAAAAAACAGUUUGAGGCACAGAUGACCAGGGAGGAGGAAGAGGAGGAGGACGAAGAAGAAGAAGAAGAAGAGACAGAUAACUUGUGUAUGCCCUCCUCCACAGCUCCACCUGCAGAGGCCUUUAACAUGAUGGCACAUCCUCACUCGCCCAUGGACGAUUCCCCCCCCAGGGACCUCAUGUCGCCGCACGACAAAGAGGAGGCGGUGGAAAAGGCCGACGAGGAGAUAAACGAGGACGACGACGAGGAGGACUACGAAGACGAGGAGCAAAGGAGGCUGGGCCACCAGCCGUUGUCCUUCGCCACCGACAUGAGCACGUCUCAGCCCUCCGAGGAGUUCCAGGCCAGGCCCUCGGCCUUCGGCGGCUCGGCGGGUUGGCACGGCGACGACCCGCCGUCCGGCAUGGACUCGGAGGACGUGAGCAGCUGCGGCAGCAGCAGCCGGCAGCACGGCGUGUCGGACCUCAGCAGCACCCAGCACACGGCGCUGCUGGAGGGCACCCAGAGCUCGGACGCCCUGGUGGACUCCAGCCUCCGCGGCUCCGAGGGCGACGCCAACGUCAUGGGCUCGCCCAACGUGGAGACGCUGGCCAACGAGGAAGAGGAGGACGAGGACGAGGAGGACGAGCGGGUGGACGACAUGGACCUGAGUUCAGAGAGAGUGGAGGAGCAUCACCAGGUGUUCCAGCAGCGGGGGCGCUACGAGGAUGACGAGGAGGAUGACGACGUGGAGAUGCACAGCGAGGGAGUGACCGAGAGCGGCGGGAACGUAGACGAAGACGACUUCAACGAGGAGGAGCGUUUAGACAACCUUAACCGCGCCGGUGCGCCGCCCUGCGCCCCCCCCGCCCCCGCCUCCUCCUCCUCCUGGGGCCAGACCAACCCCUUCUGUGACCCCUGGGCUCAACCGGCCUCGCUGCUCCCCGCCUCCUCCCCCAGCCCGGCGUCCGACCCCGGUGCGGCCGAGUCCGAGACCCCCGUCCUGUCUCCGGCCCCUGCUCCUUCCUUCGCUCCUGAGUCGGAGCACGAGGAGGAGACGAAGCGCUCCGCCUCCCAGCCCGGCGCCGCUCCGGCCUCCCGCAGCAGCAGCAGCAGCAGCGAGACCAGCACGCCGGAGGAGCUCCGCGACUACGACAGCAGCUCCGGCGUGGAGUCCCGGUCCGAGAAGCGGCAGACCCCGGUGCCGGCGCCGGUCCAGCCCGACGUGGAGCAGGACCUGGGGAUCCACCUGGAGAAAGGCGACGGGGAAGAGGAGGAGGCGGAGACGCUCCCCGCCGACGAGGUCCCGGGAACCGGACCCCCGACCGCUCCGGCGUCCGCGCCGUCCUCCGCCUCCACCUCGGGGGACGAGGCCAGCGACACGGAGGGGGAGAUGCAGAUUAACGACCCCGAUGCGCCGUCGACGAUCGACCAGAGCGCCGGCUUCGACAGCCCGCCUCCCGCCCGCAGUCUGCCCGCUCUCGAGGAGGACGAGGAGGCGGCGGACGCGCCCGCCGGAUACGGCGAAGAAGACGGCGGCGGCACCACGCCUCAGUCGGCCAACUCGGUGGCGUCCUACGGUUUCGACUGCACCACGUCCAACUCCAACGCCCACUCCAUGGCCGAGAGCUGCGGGAAGAGCCCCGGCAUCUUCUCCCUGGAGAACGAGGAGCAGCUGCCGGAGGAGGCCAAGGACCCCUCCCUCAUCAAGGAGCUGACGCUGCCGUCCGCCGCCACAGCCGCCCCGGCGGAGGAGGACCUGCUGGGCAGACCCGUGGACCUGAUGCCUUUGGGACACCCGGGAGACGUCAAACCCAGCGGUCUAGACGAGCACCACUACAUGUUUGGGGGCAAGAUGGCGGCUGCAGACCACCUGGAGGACGCUGAUCCGUUGGAGCCCAGUCACCGCCUCGGGGGCGUGGAGUCCGGAGACCCCGGCGACAGCCAGCCGCCCUACUACUCCACCAUAUGUGAUAAGACUGAUAGUUUUCUGGCAGGUAACGUAUAAGUCCCUCCUAUUACCCCCCUGGAAUGCACCUUUUCCCCGCAACCCUCCCCCCCCGUUACCUGUUGUUUGUUUUCUCUCCAGUUGGGUUAGAUGGCUUAGAUGAAGAAAUGGAAAAAAAGGAGAGCAAGAUUGUAGGAAAACCUUUAAAAAAAUAUGGAGAUGGGUGGGGGGGGGAUGAAAUGACUGUAGCAAUUUUUAAAUGAAGCCUCCCUCUUUCAUACUGUUAUGGUUAUGAGUGUAUGGCUUAAACUCCUUUAUGUACAAUACCUACUACCAUUUUCUAGUAGAAUGCUCUUUUUAAGUAACACUGCAUACCCUGUUGCCCCUGACGGGGGUAUUGACUGAUUGGUCCAGCUGUGACUGAGCUUAUAAACCGGCAAAAAACACAA